AUGGCAAGCUCCAGCGAGUCCGGAAUGGUAAACGCACGAAUUUUCGAAGAUCUCCAGACCAAAAUUGACGAGGAUGCCGAAGUUCGAGAACAGAUCCGAGCCAUCCUGCAAACGCUAGAGAGGCAAGGACGACAUGCGCAGUCGGCCUUGUCAAGAGCCCAUUCAACCCCAGCAGCAAAUCUGCAACCCGUGAUUGCGGCUGCUGAGAGUAGCAUCAAGGAGCAGAUCGAAAGCAUCCGUACGCUUUCCUCUGUUGCCUCUAACUUCCCAUACUACAAGUACAUCUCGACCGCCACCGUUAUAGUUUACGUGAAGUUUAGCUCACCAAUCUACAGGUACAAUGGUCUUUGGACACGAGAAGUUCAGAAUGUCAUUUUUGCAGUCCUCCUCUGUGGAUGGCUCGGCGGAUUGCCGAUGAAAGACAAAGCCGCUGAACCCGGCAGACUCCUCACAAUUGAAGAGGUGGGAGAGAUCCUCAACGUUCCCGUAAAUCUCAAGGACCGAGACGCGUUCCAUAUAAGCAUCGAGGAAUACCUCCAGUCGCUCAUCUCACUGAUUGACGAACUUGCUAGAUUGGCCGUCAACUCUGUGACUCUUGGUGAUUAUCAGCGGCCAUUACAGAUCAGUCAAUUCGUCAAGGAUCUCCAUGCCGGUUUUCAGAUAUUGAAUCUGAAGAACGAUUCUUUGAGGAGGAGGAGUGAUAGUAUCAAGUAUAGCGUUAAGAAGAUCGAGGACAUUGUCUAUGAUCUUUCGCUGAGGAAUCUUGUUCCGAAGUAA